CACGAGCCCAUCGGUAUUUGCGGUCUUUUACUUCCGUGGAACCUUCCCUUCUACAACCUGUGUCUGAAACUGGCGCCGGCAUUAGCCACCGGUAACACCGUUAUCGUCAAACCGGCCGAACAGACCCCUUUGACUGCUUUAUAUUUCGCGAAACUCGUGAAAGAGGCCGGCUUUCCGCCCGGUGUUGUCAAUGUACUACCGGGUCAGGGACAUGUCACCGGUGCCGCGUUGGCUGAGCACAUGGACGUCGACAUGAUAUCGUUCACCGGCUCCACAAAAGUGGCAAAAUUGGUGCAAAUGAUGGCCGGGAAGUCAAACAUGAAGAGAGUAACCCUCGAAACCGUCAGUAAAUCUCCUUUCGUUAUCUUCGACGACGCGGACAUCGAUUGGUCGGCAAUGACUUCGCACUUGAGUGUGUUUAUGAGCACCGGUACGGCCUGUUGCACGUCCACUAAGAUCUAUGUCCACGAAACCAUUUACGACAAGUUUGUGCACAAAUGCGCCGAUUUGUGCAAAAACCGAGUCCUUGGCGACCCCUUUGACAACCGCACA